UUCAACUCCAGACCAUGAACUACAGUGAAGAAGAGAGACAAAGCCUCUAUUCAAGAGGUUCCCACCUGGAGAACCUCCUUUUUGCCAGCUUCUACAUCCUGGUCUUCAUUGUGGCCACGCCAAGCAACACUCUGGCGCUCUGGGCCUUCUUUUGCCGAGGGGGCAUGUCGCCAUGUGAGAUUUUCCUGAGGAACCUAGCCAUAGCAGAUAUCUCUUACGUCCUUCUUCUGCCCUUACGUAUGGCCUACCACCUGUCCGACAGCCACUGGCCCUUCAGCCAGGCCUUGUGUCGUGUGGUGGGCUUCCUGUUUUACCUCAACAUGUACUGCAGCCUCUACUUUAUGACCUGCAUCAGUCUCCAUCGCCUCCUCAUUGUGGUCAUCCAAGUCAGGGCACAGUGGAUCAGGAAAACCCUGUUCGCCAAAGUGGUUUCUUUAAUCAUAUGGGUGAUUGUCAUAGUGUCCAUGUGCCCUGUGCUUCUGUCCAAGAAAACUGUGGCUGUUGAAAUCAACAACGUGACCACAUGCAGCCAGCUGUACUUGGAACAUACAUCUCCUAAAGCGAUGGUUUCAACUAUAGUUGCGUUUGUUAUACCUCUGUUCACUAUAGGGGUCAGCUAUGUCCUAAUUUUAGUUAAACUGAGGGCAGUUAAGCAACAUGAAAAGAGACAAGUGAGAGGUAAGGCAGUCCAGAUGAUCAUUCUUAUCAUGAUUAACUUUGUGGUUGCGUUUCUACCGUACCACGUGAUCAGAGUCAUCUACAUUGAGAAACACAGUCAGACACACAUGACAGAAUCGUCAAUUGCGAUCCUCGCCAUAACCAAUAGAAUAGCUUCUGCCAUGACUUGUGUGAGCGGAGUUCUAGAUCCAUUGAUGUACUUUUUUCUUGCCAAGACUUAUCAAAACAUGCUUCUUGAGGUCUUCUGCAAAGACAGGGAAGUUGACCAGCAAACAACUUCCUAAAAUAAAUAGCAAAUAAUAGGGGUGCAAAUAAAUAUUUAAAUAACACAAUCUUUACGUAAACAGUACAAAAGAAAGAGUGUAGUAGGACAGAAACCAAACCUAAUUUUGAAAAAGGUGAUUACGGAAUGGUGUGUCUGUGUGUGCCAUGAACUGUAGCAUACAGUAAUAUAUACUAUUUUCUACAAUAUUGUCAGAAUGUCUUCUUACAGUCACUGUACUGUUGCACAGUAUGAUACAGUAGUCCACCAGACUGUGACCAAUCAUGCAGUGCACUGCAGUCAAUGGAUGCAUGGGUGCUAAAAUAUAUG